GUACAGCAAAAGCCAAACGAAUUGUACGGGUCAUUUUCAACCAUUUUAGUGAGCCGUAAGAACGUGACAGCUCGGAAAUGAAGCUAUUCUGCGUUGUUUUGGUUAUUUACGUUGUGGCUCUGACCCUCUCCGGAGUCGAUGGACGUGGUGGGGGCACCACAAACGGAGUGGAGGAACCAAAGUUCGUCGGUUUGUUCAGACGGGCAAGGCGCCAUGUCCCCGCAAUGAAAUCCGCCCUACUUCACGGCAACGAGCCGCCUCCACCUCCGAAAUUCCGAUCCCGUCGUGAUGCAUUGGAGGACAACCUCGUGGCCAAUGAUAAUCCUCCACCACCUCCGCAGUUCAGACAACGUCGUCAGGCUCCACCCGGAAUGCCACCCCCGCCAGACGGCCUUCCACCACCACCCCAGUUCCUCCUCUAAAGUAACUUGAAUGUAAAGCAUAAAGUUGGACGUUUGUGCAUGUAUUUGGGAACCACAUCGAAGCUAAUAAAAGUAGUUUGAAGCAUUCCAAAAAGUA